UUCAAUAUUGUUUAUCGCUAAUUAAACAAUAUAUGUUAGAAUUUCUGAGUAACAUGUGUUUUGCAUAAUCGCGUUAUAUAUUACGCAAUCGAAGCUAUAAAUGGAGGUGGAUUUGAUAAAAAAAUGUUAUUGAACAACAGCGUUUUCGUCCGCAAGAUGGGUCGCUGGUACUUUAUGUGUUUGUUGGGUCUUUUCGCUCAGAACGCUCUUUCCCAAGUACUUGGAAACCCGGGUUGCGCUUGCAACGUUCGUCAGCCAUAUGCUGGAAAUGUGGGGUGCAAUGCCCCGUGUGGUGGUCCAGCUGGCUACGGCGAUGUGGCCGUGUCGGGUGAAUUGCCCGUGGGUGGCAACACUGGCGUCUGCGGGAACGUGCCUGUAGUGGGAUAUGUGAUGUUCGAGGGUACAGUGCCGGCUGGAGGAUUGGUGAGCGUGGCCAACAACUGCGGAUGCAACGGUCCUGCGUAUUAAUUUUUCUUUAAAUGAAUAAAAUAUUAAAAAAAUAAAUUGAUAAUAA